GAAAGCUAAACUUUGAUUUACUACUAUUUACUAGGGGAGAUCAAAAUUAUUCUACAUUCUCAAUUCCUCGGCGCGCAGCUCUGGUCCAAUCAAGCAGCAAAUAAUGUUGACUUGCAUAGCUUGCUCUAAGCAACACCUCAAUGCCGCAUCUCUUCCCCAACCCCAGCAUGAUGACGACGACGCCGCCGCUAUUUCCACUCCCUCCACUAGACAAGCCAUCAAAGCCCUCACUUCUCAAAUCAAGGACAUUGCAAUAAAGGCUUCGGGUGCGUACAAGAACUGCAAGCCCUGUUCUGGCUCUUCCAACCACCACAAUAACCGCGGGGAUGGCUGCGCCGAUUCCGAACCCGGCUCUGUCUCCGGCCGCUAUCAGUUCUCCUACGCUAGAGCUGCUGCUGCUGCUGGUAGCUCCAAUUCUACGCCUAGGCGGCCCUGGGGGAGGGAAAUGGAAUCCAGAUUGAAAGUGCCUUCCAGCGGCGAAACCACGCCCGCCUCCGUCAGCGGCCGGACUGAGUCGGUCGUGUUUAUGGAAGAAGACGAGCCCAAGGAAUGGGUCGCUCAGGUCGAGCCUGGCGUCCUUAUCACAUUUGUUUCGCUUCCUCAAGGAGGGAAUGAUCUCAAACGAAUUCGCUUCAGUCGUGAGAUGUUUAACAAAUGGCAAGCUCAACGAUGGUGGGCGGAGAACUAUGACAAGGUAAUGGAGCUAUACAAUGUCCAGAAGUUCAAUCAGCAAGCAGUACCGCUGCCAACUCCACCAAGAUCUGAAGAUGAGAUCUCAAAAAUGGAAUCUGCUGAAGACAGCCCUGCAACACCACCACUAAACAAAGAACGGUUACCCAGAAAUUUCCACCGUGCACUUGGGAUGGGCCAUUAUUCGUCAGAUUCACUUGAAAACCACCCUAUGCAUCCUCGUACUUACUACGAGUCAGCGGGGCUUACUUCAACCCCAAAACUUUCAAGCGUCAGUGCUGCAAGAACUGAGACAUCAUCCAUCGAUGCUUCUGCACGGAGUAGUUUAUCUAGAGAAGCUGACUGCUCGGGAGAGCUGUCAGUUAGCAAUGCCAGUGAUAUGGAAUCCGAGUGGGUUGAGCAAGAUGAGCCUGGAGUUUACAUAACAAUCAGGGCCUUGCCAGGUGGAAACAGAGAACUUAGACGGGUCCGAUUUAGCCGAGAAAGAUUUGGAGAAAUGCAGGCAAGAUUGUGGUGGGAAGCAAAUAGAGCCAGGAUUCAAGAACAAUACUUGUAAUUUAGCAAUAAACCUCGAGGGCAGACAAUUACAUUCUUCUACUGCUUGGUCGUCAAAUCUAUCUACAAAUUGCUAUAUAUGUGAUGCUGCCACUUCAA